AUGAAAACCUUCAGUUCGGUGUUGCUGGCAGCCGCCGUUUUGGGCGCCGGCCUCGGUGUGAACGGCUUGACAAGCGGGGAUCCCAAAGGGUCUUCAUCGCCCGCCGAAUGCCUUGAAGAUUUCAACGCAGCUAGGAAACGAGCAGGCCUCAAGCCCUUCACUGCAGAGCAGAGCCUGGAUAAGAAAAUGCCAACAAGCGACGAUGGUUACAUCAAUUCUAUGUGCCAGAAAAUAACGGGCGAGGAAACCAGAGUGGUGGUGAAAAGUACUGAGCGCACCGGCACCUACGCUUUCGCGCCGGCGACGGACUCGGAAGACGGCUGCUCUGCUGCCGUCUCCUUUUGGAAAGAAGUCCACACCAACUUUCAGGAACCCCCACCCGUGUACAAUCAAAGCGAAGAAGGGGUGUAUGGGGACAGCCGGGUCCGCUCCUUCGUAGCAUUGUACAGCACGGCCGAAAAUGCCACAAUCGACUGCGCUUAUAUCACUUGUCCUGUUGUCACCAAAACCACCACGCCAAUCCCCUCCAGUACAGCAACCACAACGACGUCGACCACUGUCAGUGCAGCUCCUACUACACCACAGAGUCCCCAAACUUACAACUGGAAUUUCGACGACGAGGAACUUGCAAAGCAACGCGAGAACGGCAGCGGAGCUUCAGUGCGACGUCUCUCAGAUGCCGUUGAAACCGUUACAAGCCUCGUUUGUCUCACCAAUCCUGCAGCUCUUGUAGACCAAAAGAUGCCCUUCUCGUAG